UACGUCAUUUGUUGUCUACGCGUACUCGGGUCGGUUUGAUUGUUUGCACUAAUGGGAGCUUUUUGGUGUUCGCGGUUUUAGCCCUGGCGCUGGUCUGUCCGGUGAUAGCUAACAGUAAGCGGGCGGACAGUAAAGCAGAGGCCGCGAGUCGGCCGGUUUGUCCGUUUGUACUGUUCAAACGGAGCCGCCGAGCGCGACGCUGCCAUUAUGAGCUCGGGCCAACCGAGCGACAGCUGCGAUCCAGAGGAAGCUCGGCUCACCCGCGACUCCGACGAACUGUUCCGAGAGGGCGAGAGCGAGGAGGAGGAAGAGGAAGAAGAGAAUGUCCGCUCGAAAGCAUCGCCUCCCGACAGCAGGCGUGAGAAUUCCCAGACUCACAGCAGCUCGCGGCCUGAAGCGGCGGCGCGCGGCGGAGCUCCGAGUGCAGGCUGCAGGACAUCGAGCGCGCGCGACUCGCUUUUCUCCUGGCUGCGGAACCGGAGCGUGCGCACUGGGCCGCUCGUGGAUCCGGCCCGGGAUAACUUUAGGACUAUGACUCGCCUCUAUUCAUCCAUGAGUCCCGCUGCGGACUCGGUGAACCUCAGCACCCAAACUCACGGCGCCGUGUUCAACCUGGAGUACUCACCGGACGGGUCGGUGCUGACUGUGGCCUGUGAGCAGACUGAAGUGUUGCUGUUCGAUCCCGUUUCGUCCAAACACAUCAAAACGUUAGUUGAGGCUCAUGAGGACUGCGUGAACAACAUCAGGUUUCUGGAUAACCGGUUGUUUGCUACCUGUUCUGAUGACACCACCAUUGCAUUGUGGGACUUAAGAAAGCUGAACUCAAAGGUGUGUUCAUUGCACGGCCAUGCUAGCUGGGUGAAGAAUAUCGAGUACGACACGCAUACUCGCUUGCUCGUUACGUCUGGCUUCGAUGGAAAUGUUAUCACCUGGGACACCAACAGGUUCACAGAAGACGGCUGUCCUCAUAAGAAGUUCUUUCACACGCGCUAUUUGAUGCGGAUGCGCCUAACGCCAGACUGCAGCAAGAUGCUCAUCUCCACCUCCUCUGGUUACCUGCUUAUUUUGCAUGACCUUGACCUCACUCAGAGCCUUGAGGUUGGCAGUUACCGCAUCCUACGGGCCAGACGCACUCCACUUAGUACAGAGGGUUCUUCAACAGGUUCGAGGACAUCAGGGUCUCGCCAUGGCAACGACAACAAAGCCCAUCCUCAUAGAGAGGGUUUGUCUCCUAGGAACAGUCUGGAGGUCUUAACCCCAGAGAUCCCAGGUGAGCGAGACCGGGGGAACUGCAUCACUUCACUUCAGCUGCACCCCAAAGGCUGGGCCACACUCCUGCGCUGCUCCAGCAACAUGGAUGACCAGGAGUGGACGUGUGUGUACGAGUUUCAGGAGGGAGCCCCUCCACGGCUGCCAGCCUCGCCCCGCUGCUCUCUGCGACUCACGCACUACAUCGAGGAGGCCAACGUGGGCCGUGGCUAUAUCAAGGAGCUGUGCUUCAGCCCAGACGGUCGUCUUAUCUGUUCUCCAUACGGGUACGGCGUGCGUCUGCUGGCCUUCGACGAGAACUGUGCCGAGCUUGAGGAAUGUGUGCCCGAGCGUACGGCGGUGCUGCGCGAGGUUCGCUCAAUCUACUCCCACAGUGAUGUAGUGCUUACCUCCAAGUUCUCACCCACGCACUGUCAGCUGGCCUCAGGCUGCCUCAGCGGACGUGUAGCACUCUAUCAACCCCACUUUUAACACACACAAGCCUGGUUGUCUGGCAGGUUGAUCCUUCACGGUGUCAAGGUGUGAGUGCAGGUUUGUGUAAACGAGUCGGGUGUUUUUACAGCAGUUUUUGUGCUCUUUAAUCUGUGUAAUCUCUACAAACUUUUGAAUGUACAUGUGCAGUACUGAGAGAAAAAGGCAUUAAACACGUUGCAGAGUGCAUGCCUCUGAUUUAGAGGGAUGUAUGCAGAGUGCUGGUUUGUGCUCAUGGUGAUAUUAAGAUUGCAAUGUUAUUUUGCACCAUCUUUACACCUUGGCACAUGACCUCUCACUGGUGUCAAAGCCUGACCUGCAUGUCUAAUGCUACCCUCCCCCCACAGCAUUAUCGUUAACAUGUAAAGUAGCACUGAAUGUAAGCAGUACAAACUGUUAAUAUUGUAAUGGAUGGAGUUUUGAGUUUUGCCUAUUUUUUUUUUUUUAGCAGCGCAGUGUUCACACAGCUCCAAAACGAGCUGUUAUUUGUGUGAUUGUGUGGCGUGUGUGAAAGGCAGCUUGCUUCUUGAGACAUUAAAUUAAGACAGUUUUUAUAGGGGUCUGAUAUGUAGAUAGUCGAAGCAGUAAAUUUGUGUGAGCGUGUUUCAGAGUUAUGCGCAUCUGCUGGUAGAUAAGGUCAUUGCCGAUGAUGAUUCCUGGGUGAGUGAGAAUAGAAUGUGAGUAGAGGCUCCAGUAAAGUUCUUCUCUCAAUCUCUCACAUACACCGACUCUCUCAGAUGGGACAAACUCAACCAACGCUGUUGUCUAUACCUCAAAUUCAUGCAGUGUCAGAAGUAUGUGCACUCCCUGUCGACAGUUCAGAAGCUGAGCUGUGAUGAAGACAGAAAGGACUGUGGGAAAUUAUUAUGGCAACAUGUUUAAUGCAGUUGCAUAAUGUAUUUAUGUCUCUAAUUGAUUUAGCUUUCAAGUUAAAUGGAACUGACAGUGACUGACUCUUCUGUAAUGUUUGGGUUCCAUGACUUAAACAUCUGGAAAAGGGGGAAUAGAGAAAAGAGGAUAUUGGGGGAGCGGCAUUCCUGUGCUCUACUAAGUUACAGAAUGAUGUUAGUGGUACAAAACAAUAAAGAUUUUGUCACUCUUUGUCUAGAGCAUUUUGCCUGAAUAUGGGAUAAUAUGCUACAAUUCAGAAUGAUUAAAUUAUAUUUUUGUAUUAAA